AUGGAUGGCGGUGAUCUACGUCGGUAUUUAUCCAGUCCAACAACGCCUACAGGAUGGACACACCACAAGUUUGACAUCGCUAUUAGUAUCAUCGAGGCGCUGGUGUAUUUGCACUCAUUCGUGCCGCCAUUACUCCAUCGCGAUGUCAAGUCGAAAAACGUACUUCUGUCUUCAAGGCUCAAGGCAAAACUGAGUGAUUUCGGCAAUCGAUGGUUAGCGCCCGAAGUUAUUCGUGGAGAUACCGACUAUGGUCGCUCUGCUGAUAUUUACAGCUUUGGUAUACGACAAUUAUGCGUCGAGUCGCAAGUGGAGCACUGUAUUCAAAGCUUCGGAGUACGUGUGAGGUUCAACUGA